GAUCUAAUUCACCGUGGAUUAAGCUUUUCUUUUCACGAGAAAAACAUAACGUCGGUGGAUGGAACCGUCUAAUAAGUUUUCCUCUUUAUAAAUAUGGCCUCCCUUCUCCAUCUAUAGUGCAUAAACAAGAGACACAUUCCUAUAGCCAUAAUAGAAUGGCCCAAGAUAAAGAAAGCUUGACUGGAAUGCCAGAAACCAGCAAGCUCAUUUCUUUCUCCAAGAAACACAAGAAGCUCUUUCUUUCUCUCUUUGCUUCUUUCCUCCUAGUUGCAGCUAUUGUCGCCAUUGUCUCCGGUGUAAAGAAAAGUGAAGAUGAUACUUCACAAUCUCAUGCCAUCCUCAAAUCCUCAUGUAGCAGCACAAGAUACCCUGAUUUGUGCUUCUCAGCUGUGGUAUCUGUCCCUGGAGCCACCAGUAACUUGGCUACCCAAAAGGAUGUGAUUGAAGUGUCCUUGAACAUUACAACUGAAGCUGUCCAGCACAAUUACUUCACGGUAAAGAAGCUCAGAGCUAAAAAGAAGCUCACAAAGAGGGAAAAGAUUGCUCUCCAUGAUUGUUUGGAGACUAUAGAUGAGACUCUCGAUGAGCUACACGAGGUCUUGGAGGAUCUUAAAGAAUAUCCCAGCAAGAAAUCUCUGUCUCAACACGCAGAUGAUCUUAAGACUCUGAUGAGUGCAGCAAUCACCAACCAAGAAACAUGUUUGGAUGGGUUCUCUCAUGAGAAAGCAGAUAAGGAAGUGAGAAAAGCUCUUUUGGCUGGUCAAGUUCAUGUUAAGCGUAUGUGCAGUAAUGCCCUUGCAAUGAUCAAGAACAUGACUGACACAGACAUUAUCAAUGAGCUUAAGUUAGCCACCAGUACUACAAACAGGAAACUCAAGGAGGAGAAAGAUGAAGAAAGUGGGUGGCCAGGUUGGUUGUCGGUGGCAGACAGGAGACUGUUGCAGUCGUCAUCAGUGACUCCCAACGUGGUGGUGGCAGCUGAUGGAAGUGGGAAUUAUAGGACAGUAUCAGCUGCAGUAGCUGCAGCUCCUACUAAAAGCAGCAAGAGAUACAUUAUAAGAAUAAAAGCAGGAGUUUACAGAGAAAAUGUGGAAGUCCCAAAGAGCAAGACAAACCUAAUGUUUUUGGGAGAUGGAAGGAAAACAACAAUUAUUACAGGAAGUAGGAACGUAGUUGAUGGGAGCACAACCUUCAAAUCUGCCACAGUUGCUGUUGUGGGUCAAGGAUUCUUAGCCAGGGGUGUGACUUUCCAAAACACGGCUGGUCCCUCCAAGCACCAAGCAGUGGCACUAAGGGUUGGGGCUGAUCUUGCAGCUUUCUACGAAUGUGAUAUGCUAGCAUACCAAGACACUCUCUAUGUCCACUCCAAUCGUCAAUUUUUCAUAAACUGCUUAAUAGCAGGCACAGUUGAUUUCAUUUUUGGCAAUUCAGCAGCUGUUUUACAAGACUGUGAUAUCCAUGCUCGUAGACCCAAUUCAGGCCAGAAAAAUAUGGUGACAGCCCAAGGCAGGACUGACCCAAAUCAAAACACUGGCAUUGUAAUUCAAAAGUGUAGAAUUGGUGCCACUUCUGAUCUGAGACCUGUCCAGGGCAGCUUCCCAACUUAUCUUGGAAGGCCAUGGAAGGAGUAUUCAAGAACUGUGAUAAUGCAAUCGACCAUCAGUGACGUGAUAAACCCUGCUGGAUGGCAUGAGUGGCAAGGGAAUUUUGCACUGAACACAUUGUUUUAUGGAGAGUAUCAGAACAGUGGGGCUGGAGCUGGAACUUCCAGGAGGGUUAGAUGGAGGGGUUUCAAGGUGAUCACUAGUGCAACUGAGGCUCAAGGGUUUACUCCUGGCAGGUUCAUUGCCGGUGGCAGUUGGCUGCGUUCCACCACCUUCCCAUUUUCUCUUGGUUUAUGAAAAAAAAAAAAAAAAAGUUGUGUUAUCAUGUAUUGCUUCAGCUAUAGCUAGUGCUUGAUUUGAGUGUUACAUUUGUAUGCUUUCUUGAUUAAUCAAUAAGAGCAUGCGGGGAUUUCUAAAUUAUUAA